AUGUCUACUUCUAUUAUUACACUCCUAGUCGCGCAAAAACUUAACGACGAGAAUUACAAACAAUGGAAAUCAAAUAUAAACACUAUUCUCAUGAUAGAUGAUCUUAGGUUCGUCUUGCAAGAGGAUUGUCCUCAAGCUCCUGCACCUAACGCCACUGUGGCGGUGCGCAACAUCUAUGAUAGAUGGAUCAAGGCCAAUGACAAGGCCAAGGUUGACAUCUUGGCGAGCAUAUCUGAUGUGCUUGCUAAGAAGCACGAGAACUCGGUCAUCACUAAGGAGAUCAUGGACUCACUGCAGAGCAUGUUUGGACAACCGUCCUCACAGGCUCGACAUGAAGCACUUAACUCUAUUUACAACUCCCGCAUGAAGAAGGACUCCUCAGUGCGAGAACAUGUUCUGAACCUGAUGGUUCACUUCAACGUGGCAGAGUCAAACAUGACUGUCAUAGACGAGCAGAGUCAGGUCUGCUUCAUUCUGGAAUCUCUUCCAAAGACUUUCCUGCCAUUCUGCAGCAAUGCGGAAAUUGAUUCUUUGAGGCAGUUUGACGCCAGAGAGAUGACUCUCAAGGUCAGAAUAGGAGAGGUCGUCUCAGUUGUGGCGGUUACAUUUAGUUAA